UUGGUUUUUCUUUUUUUACUUUAUAUUGUUGCUAUCUUUUACUAUGGUCCAUUCAUAAAUAGUACUAUAAGAGACUCAUCCUUUCGUACUCCAAGUAGAAUUCACAGACAUACAUUCUCUAGUCUACUAACUCACUCACUCGCAGUGAUGGCUGAGUCUGAUUGGCCAAAGAAAGAUAACCGUCGAUUCCUUCAUGUCGUAUAUCGUGUUGGUGACCUUGAACGAGCCAUCAAGUUUUAUACUGAGAGUCUUGGGUUUAAGCUUUUGAGGCAAAGAGAUGUUCCAGCAGAGAAAUACUCCAAUGCUUUUGUUGGAUUUGGCCAUGAAACAUCCUAUUUUGCUAUUGAAUUGACCUAUAAUUAUGGAGUGACUUCAUAUGAUAUUGGAGAUGGCUUUGGACAUUUUGGAAUUGCAACUAAAGAUGUUUACAAAUCGGUUGAGGAAAUUCGGGCCAAAGGUGGAAACAUCACUAGGGAGCCUGGUCCAGUUGAGGGCGGAACAACUGUUAUCGCCUUUGUGAAGGAUCCUGAUGGCUACACUUUUGCACUCAUCCAAAGAUCUGUAAUUCAUGACCCGUUUAUUCAAAUAUCGCUUCGUAUUGGUGAUUUAGAACGUGGCAUAAAGUUUUAUGAAAAGGCUUUGGGCUUCAAGGUGCUGAGGAAGGUUGAUAAUCCUGAAAAGAAGUACACUAUUGCUAUACUUGGGUAUGGAGAGGAGGACGAGACAACUGCGUUGGAGUUGACAUACAAUUAUGGUGUCAAGGAAUACUCCAAGGGAACUGGUUAUGCACAGAUUGCAAUUGGUACCGAUGAUGUAUACAAGAGCGCUGAAGUAAUCGACCUAGUCGCACAAGAGGUUGGAGGGAAGAUCACUACAAAACCAGGGCCAGUUUCUGGCAUUGGCACGAAAGUUGUUGGCUUUUUAGACCCAGAUGGAUGGAAAACUGUGUUGGUUGACAAUGAAGAUUUCCUGAAGGAACUGGAGUGAAGAGUGAUCUAACAAGAAAUAAAGUAGCAGUCCUAGGUAGUGGCACUAGGGUAGUGGUUAUGUAUGAAUAAAUAGUACUUUAGCUAUAUUGAUCAGUGAUCAUAUUACGUUUAUCAGUGUGUUUAGUUUCAUAUGGUUCUGUAAUCUAUUUUAAUGCACACUUAAUAUCCCUUUUGUAUGCUAUCUACUACUAUUAAUCUUCUGAUUUAUGAUUUGUCA